AUGUCCUUCUUUCCUCAGAGGAGAAGGACCCUUCACGGUGCAGAUAAUGGAGGCGCUUCAUCGGGCAACUCGUCAGGAAUCCCUUCCAGCACUCCGGCUGGGAGUUCAAAAUCUACCACAAGAAACCUGGGCUCUUCAGCUGGAGAAAAAGAGGAAGGCAAGAAGGUUAGGCGUCAGUGGGAGUCGUGGAGCACAGAAGAUAAGAAUACCUUCUUUGAGGGCCUGUAUGAGCAUGGAAAAGAUUUUGAAGCUAUUCAGAACAACAUUGCCCUGAAAUAUAAGAAGAAGAGCAAGCCAGCAAGUAUGGUGAAGAAUAAGGAGCAGGUCCGGCAUUUCUACUACCGUACCUGGCACAAGAUUUCCAAGUAUAUUGAUUUUGAUAAUGUGUUUUCUCAAGGGCUGAAAAAAUCCUCCCUGGAGCUCUACGGCUUAAUUUGCUACGGGGAGCUAAGGAAGAAGAUUGGGGGCUGCAUGGAUGACAAAAAUGCAGCUAAACUCAAUGAACUCAUCCAAGUUGGGGCUACGACUGUUCGCUACAAAGGGAGGAACCUUCGCAUCAAAGCUCCCAUGUGCAGGGCUCUGAAGAAGCUCUGUGAUCCGGAUGGCAUCAGCGAUGAGGAGGAUCAGAAGCCUGUCCGUCUUCCACUGAAGGUCCCCGUGGAGCUGCAGCCGAGGAAUAACCACGCCUGGGCCCGCGUGCAGAGCCUAGCCCAGAAUCCACGGCUCAGAAUGAUCGUGGAGCUGCAUCGCAAAGUCUCCAGCCUCAUCGAGUUCCUGAAGCAGAAGUGGGCUCUCCACGAAGUGCGCAUUCGUAAAACACUAGCAGAAAGGCAGCUGCAAGAUUCCAGAGAUCCCGAAACGAGUGGCAGCUGUUCAGAAGAGAAAACGACGCUCCAUCUGUUCCCAGGAGAGAACUGUACCUUGACCCCGCUCCCCGGGGUUGCCAGAGUCGUCCACUCCAAAGCAUUCUGCACCGUGCACUGGCAGGAGUCGGGCAGGUGCAAGCAGAACACGAAGGACUCUCACUUGUUGCCUCCCGCCCAGAUUCUAGGCAUACAGAGUGGCCAGGGGACGGCCAGGGGGCAGGUCAAAUACCCGCGGGGGGCUGGGGCUGGGGCCAGGGCAGAGAGCACUACAGAAGCAAGCAAAAACACUCAGUCCACAUUGGACGCAGCUGUAAGCAAUGCCGAGGAUGGCUCUCCGGAGACGGGAGUUGUGGAAGGCGUCUCUCCGAGUCUCAGUGUCUCCAACUGUCUCGAUAAGCCACCUUCUGGAGUUCAGGAUCCGGGCGGGUGUCUUGAGAGGCCAGUUCCCACCACUCACCGUGCUGAGGGUAGGGAGGCACCGGUCACCGAAGUGACCACCACGUUACUGUCGAGCGUCACCAGCUGUCGUUGCGGCCCUAUUCCCGAUUUGGAGGAAUUGUCUUUGCUGGACCCUUUCCCUCGGUACAUGAAGUCUUGCCAGGCCCUUAUUGUCCCGGACAAGUGUCUUUGCACAGACAGACUGAACGGGAAAGACUCGGCCACGCCGGGGAGCCUCCCUUCCGGGAGCGCAGAGGCCGGCGAUCUCGACGUGGCGCGGCUGGCGGGUGACCGAGUGGCAUCACCCACUUGUGGCCCAUCCCGAUCCGAAACUCAGGCCCUCCCCUGCUGCGGACCACAGGCAGAAGCGUGCGGUAAGGAGCCGUCGGAUGCAGUAAUGGAAGACUCUCAGGAGAAGCUCAGCACCUCACUGCCGCCGCCCCCACCUCAGGGACAAUCCGUUGCCAAGUCUCUCAAGGACGACCCGAGCCGCCUCGCGCAACAGGUCAGGGAGGAGGGAUGGAGCCUGCAGACCUCCGAGAGCCUUACCUUGGCUGAAGUCUACCUCAUGAUGGGCAAACCGAACAAGCUGCAGCUAGAAUACGACUGGCUGUCCGUCUCGGGGCCGGAAACCCCGGAAUCCGGGGAGCAGGCCGCCAAAACGAAAUCCGUUCCUCCCUCAGCCCCCUUUCACAAACAGAAACUCCUCAACUGCCUCUUACGACUCAUCUCCACCGAAGUGAACCCCAAGCCGGCUCCAGAAACUAGCACUGUUGCAACGUCCCCUAUCAAGCCCGCCCAAGAGGAGCACACUCUGACCCCUCCCGGGAAGGUGAUUGCCAUUAGCACCAGGAGUCCGGGCUGUGCACGCAAUCAGCCCGCCCUUCGCAACAAGACCUUCUCUCCCGGCACCACUUCCAGCCCCUCAGGUGAGCGAGACACAGGGAAGAAGCACAAGAGGGAGUGCGGAGUCCCUGCUCGUCUGCCACAGAAUCACUGCAUGUUGCUGAGGAUUCUGGGGAUGCAGUCUGAUUUCUUCUUGCCAAAGCCAAAGAAAUUGCGCAACAGGCACCUGAGAAAACCACUCGUAGUACAGAGAACCCUGCUCCCCAGGCCAUCUGGAAAUCCCUCCCAGCACGUCUGUUCCUUUUCCAUCUUGUCCAACUCAUCUAUAACAGGAAGAGGAUCUUUCCGGCCAAUCCACUCUUCACUCACUAAAGCCGCUGUGUCUCGCCCUAUCAUUCCGAAGGUUCUUCCGGCACAAGCCACUAACCAUCUGUCUAGUACGAUCGAUCUGGCAGCUCAAAGCGCUGGUAUCAUCCCAGGCAGCCCUUUGCCCGUCCUGGAUGCUGAAGGCUUAUCAGGCGUUUCCCCGUUGUCUCCGGAUGCCAUGACUGCCGUGGUCACGGGGCAGGACUCAACGGUGGUGCAUCAGAAUGGAGGUGCCCUGGCUUCUGUAACGGGUUCAGGCACCGAAUGCCGGGUUCCUUUCCUUGGUCUCUCAUCACAGCCUGACCAAGAAGCAAUCCCUGAUGGCUUCCAGGGAACGCCAGUUCUUUCUCUACCUGAACUUCCCAAAACCACUCUCCAGAAUGGCCUCCCCGUUCCUCCGCUUUCCUCCUCCGAAGCUUCCACCACCCGCCUGUCUCCUCCCAACGUCUCUGCCCUCCUGGACAUCUCUCUUCCUGGACCCCCUGAGGACGUGCUGUCUCAGGGAGAGCCCGCCACUCAGAUCAGCGACUCGAUCAUUGAAAUUGCGAUCAGCUCUGGUCAGUACGGUGAAAGUGUUUCUCUGUCUCCGGCGAAGCUGAAUGGCAGCGAUAGCUCCAAAAGUCUUCCGUCCCCUUCCUGUAGCCCUCAGCAGAACUGGAUUGCCUCUCCCACCCAUGACCCUCAGUGGUACCCGAACGACUCCACUGACUCUUCCCUCAGCAGCUUAUUUUCGAGCUUCCUUUCGCCAGAGAAGGGCCGGAAAAUGCUGCCCACCUCCUUAGGUGCCGCCGGCAGCACCUCCUUGUUGGGACCCAGUCUGCUGGAUGGGAACUCGCGGGACUCCUUUGUGUCUCGUUCCAUAGCAGAUGUAGCUGAGGUAGAUUCCCAGUUGGCUUGCAUGAUGAAUGAGAACAGUAUAGAUUACAUCUCGCGUUUCAAUGAUCUCGCCCAGGAGUUGUCGAUACCCGAGCCGACCCGCCGAGAAAUCCUCUUUGACGGAGGGGGAGGAGGCAGUGGCGGCCCUCCCAUUGGUGACCUCUCGCAGUGAGCGCCUUCGACCAGCUGGCUGGUGGAAACUGUUGGACUGGCCAGAACCUAGAGAGGAGCAGCCGGUGGCUUAGCUAUGCAGCUGAUAACCUUGGGUAGCUCCGGUGAGAGCAUGCCUCGUACAAAGAGCAGCACCGUCUUCGAGCAUCAACUGUUCCUGGAAUGUGCAAUAUGCUAGGAACAACACAAUUGGGAGCAGUAUUAUUGGAAAUUUAACACAUAGUAAGCUGGGGACUAAACAGAGUUUACACA